AUGCCUCCGCCAUCGCCGCGACAGGCGGCGCUCGCGUCCGACAUGUACGAUUGCGUCUGUCACAUCCUCGCGCUGGAGCCGCAGUGGGUCGCCGACGCUCUCGAGGCUGCCGUCCGGGCGAUGCACGAGCGCGUUGGCAGAGCGUACAGGAGAGACCUCUACCUCAAGCAGCUCAAGCAGGUGGCAAUCUGCCCGCCGCAGCUCGCGGCCUCGGCGGUGUGCAAGCUCAAGCCGCACGUGGGUGCCAUGGUUCGAGAGGACUGGCCGCACUACACGCCCGAGCAGCGCGGUCGCCUGCAGAGCCUCAGGAAGGCUGCCGAGGCGCCUGCGGAGCCUGCGCUCUUCACUGGCCUUGACGACAAGGUUCGCGGGGCGUCGUGCGAGGACGCGAGGCGAGAGGCCGAGGCGCGGCUCGUCGAGGCCUUCCGCGCGAAGAAGCGCUCGAUGCUGCAGCAGACGCAAGAGUACCGCGCGCUGCACGUCGAGCUCAAGCGGCUCAAGGCGGCCGUCAACGGCUAUGUGGAGAGGGCGCCGAAGACGGCCGUGGCGCUCUGA